GCUAUGUGUCACUCCAACACUACUACCUGUCUUCUUCACCUCUCCUUCGGAUUCCCUCACAACACUAUUCCUUUGUUUCCUUGCUUAGAUUCCAAUCUCUCCCUCUCUCUCUCUCAAAACCCGUGAAGAAUUCUCAAUCUCCUCCUCCCCCUCACUUCUCCAAUAAACCUGAAACACUCAGUUCUAUAAUGUUAAAGUCUUAAUGUCUCUCUUUCACAAAACUUCGCACAUUGUUCCUUCACCAGUUGUCCUGUUUCUCCUCCUGUGUUUAGUACUACUAAGAACCAAAGCAUCAUCAACUGAUUUUGACUUCGGUACUUUAACUCUUAGCAGUCUUAAACUCCUCGGCGACGCUCACUUAAACAAUGGCAGCGUCCGUCUCACUCGUGACCUGGCCGUCCCGAAUUCUGGCGCCGGCAAAGUUCUCUACUCUAAACCCAUCAGAUUCCGACAACCAUCCGCUCACUCCAUCGCUAGUUUCUCCACUUUCUUCUCCUUUUCUGUUACUAAUCUAAACCCUUCCUCCAUCGGCGGUGGCCUAGCUUUUGUCCUCUCUCCGGACUCCGACGCCCUCGGCGCUGCCGGCGGCUUCCUUGGACUCCUCAACGUCGACGAUGGGCCUGAGGCUGCUUCCAGUUUUGUGGCGGUCGAGUUUGAUACUUUAAUGGACGUGGAGUUUAAAGAUAUUAAUGGGAACCAUGUGGGUUUGGAUCUUAAUAGUAUGGUUUCUACACAAAUAAGUGAUUUAGGAGCUAUUAAUAUUGAUCUAAAAAGUGGUGAUCUUGUUAAUGCUUGGAUCGAUUAUGAUGGUACUAAUCAAAGCUUCAACAUUUCUGUUUCCUACUCAAAUCUUAAGCCCAAAGAACCAAUUUUGUCUUUUAGUCUUGAUUUAGACCAGUAUGUUAGUGAUUUUAUGUAUGUUGGGUUUUCUGGGUCUACACAAGGAAGUACAGAGAUUCAUAGUAUUGAAUGGUGGAGUUUUAGUUCUUCUUUUCAGUCAAGUUUAGGUUCCGAGUCACCUUCUUCAGUACCUCCACCUCCGACGGCUAGUUUGAUGAAUCCAUCGGCUAAUUCUGUUAAGUCCCCGCCACCAACAUUGGCUCCUAGCGGUUUAGAGUCAGUUAGUGGUAAGAGUGACAAGUCUAAUUCAUGUCAUAAUCAACUUUGCAAGCAGGGUGCAGGGGCUGUUGCAGGGGUGGUGACUGCUAGUGCUUUUUUUGUUAUUUUUGCUGGUGUUCUUAUCUGGGUUUUCUCUAAAAGAUUCAAGCAUGUGAAAAAGUCAGUGUCUUUUGCAUCAGAGGUUAUUAAAAUGCCUAAGGAGUUUAGUUACAGAGAGCUUAAAUCAGCUACCAAAUGCUUCAAUGCGAAUAGAAUUAUUGGUCACGGAGCAUUUGGGACUGUUUAUAAGGGUAUAUUGGCGGAGACUGGUGAAAUUGUGGCAGUGAAGAGGUGUAGUCAUAGCAGUCAAGGAAAGAAUGAGUUUUUAUCUGAAUUGUCAAUAAUUGGGACUCUAAGGCAUCGAAAUCUUGUUCGGCUUCAAGGUUGGUGCUAUGAGAAAGGAGAAAUAUUGUUAGUUUAUGAUUUGAUGCCCAAUGGGAGUCUUGAUAAAGCGUUGUUUGAGGCAAGAACGCCUUUGCCAUGGUCACAUAGGCGUAAAGUUUUACUUGGUGUUGCUUCUGCUCUAGCUUAUUUGCAUCAAGAAUGUGAAAACCAGGUGAUUCAUAGAGAUAUCAAGACCAGCAAUAUUAUGUUGGAUGAGGGGUUUAACGCAAGAUUAGGAGAUUUUGGUUUGGCAAGGCAAAUUGAACAUGAUAAAUCGCCAGAUGCAACAGUAGCUGCUGGUACAAUGGGGUAUUUAGCUCCCGAGUAUCUUUUAACAGGAAGAGCUACUGAGAAAACUGAUGUGUUUAGCUAUGGAGCUGUGGUUCUUGAAGUGGCUAGUGGGAGAAGACCCAUUGAGAGAGAGACUAGUGGGGUUGGAAAAGUUGCGGUUAAUGGGAAUUUGGUGGAGUGGGUUUGGAGUUUACACAGAGAAGGGAGAUUGCUAAUGGCAGCUGAUGCUAGACUUGAGGGUCAGUUUGAGGAGAGUGAGAUGAGGAGGGUUCUGCUGGUUGGGUUAGCUUGUUCGCACCCUGACCCAAUGGCUAGACCCGCUAUGAGGGUUGUGGUCCAGAUGCUUGUGGGGGAAGCCGAGGUCCCUCUCGUUCCAAGAGCAAAGCCUACAUUGAGCUUUAGCACUUCACACCUCUUGUUGAGUUUGCAAGACAGUGUGUCCGACUGUAACGGCCUGAUCGCCAUUUCAAGUUCCUCAUCAGAAAACAGCUUCAUAAGAGGUCAUGACCUAGUGUGAUAUAUAUUUUUUAAAAUUAUUAUUAUUCGUUUAUGCAUGAAUAACACUAUAACAUCCACUGUAAUCUCAAGUUUUUGUAGGGACAUUUUUUUGGGUGUUAAAUUAAUGUAUCUUCUGGUACACUACAAAUAGUAGUGGGGGGCUUAAACUAUAGUCGUAGAGGCAAAUAAAAAUGGUGGUGGGAGUCAUUUUCAUGCUUUUCUCAGUGGAUGUGUUCUCCUUCGUGGAAGGGGGAGGGUACUUUGUGUUUGCCUUCACAAGCAAGCUUUUAGUCAAAAGCAGAAAUAGAAGUUUGAGUAGAGGAUUGGUAAA